UGGAGACUAAGCUCGUCCCAUCGAGGAGCAAGAAAAAAAAGUAUAGGAAAACGGAAACAAACGAACAAAACCGGAAAAAGAAGAAUGGGGAACAGCCAGUCACCUCCACCAAAUCCUCGUUUCAAUUCAGCUUCAAGAGCUUUUGCACCGAAGGAAUUAGAGGAUCUCAAAUCACUCUUCACUUCCCUAGCUGCCCAGUCUCAGACCAAUGGUCAAUAUGUUUCUUCUUCUGUUUUUCAGGCUUACUUCGGGUUAAAAGGUCCUCUUGGAGACAGAAUGUUCGAUUUAGCCACCCAGGGGCGCAAAGACGAUAGACUUACCUAUGAAGAUCUCGUGAUCACUAAAGGGACUUAUGUGAAAGGGACAAAUGAUGAGAUUGAGGAGUUUAUUUAUCGAUUGUUGGAUGUCACAGAUGAUGAAAUUUUGACAAGGUCUGACUUAGAAUCUGGCCUAGUCACGAUGUUUGAUCAUAUAUUCCACCUGAAAGGUUCUCAACCAGAAUCAAGUUCAAGCUGCUACAUGGUGGAGACAUUUCUGAAUGCUGCGACAUUCUCAAAGGAUAAUGGGGAACGUAAUGAUAAAAGUAUGUCCUUUGAGGAUUUCAGAUGCUGGUGUACUCUUGUACCAUCUGUGAAGAAAUUCCUUUCAAACUUACUAGUGCCACCAGAUCCAGGGAGACCAGGAUCUCAGAUUCCUAAAUUGUUGCAUUUGGAGAAUAUUGAUCCCAAUAUACUAUUAUUGAGAGAUGAAUAUGCUUGGCAUAUAGGAGGGGCUCUAUCUCAUGAAGAGAUGGAGGAAUGGAAACUCUUGUAUCAUAGUUCAUUAAAUGGCUUAAGUUUUAACACAUUCUUGGGGAACAUAUUAAAUGAUGAUGGGCGAACUGUCCUGAUCACCAAGGAUAGAGAAGGUUACAUAUUUGGAGGUUUUGCUUCUCAGCCUUGGGAGAGGCAUAGCGAUUUCUGUGGGGACAUGAAGUCUUUUCUAUUUCAGCUCUACCCAGUGGCAUCUAUUUUUAGGCCAACUGGAGCAAACAAUAAUUUGCGAUGGUGUGCUGCAAACUUCAGUUCAGAGACAAUCCCGAACGGCAUUGGUUUUGGAGGACGCAUAAAUCACUUUGGCUUGUUCAUCUCGGCAAGCUUUGAUGAAGGGCAUACUUUUUCCUGUACCACUUUCAAUAGCCCUUGCCUUUCUAAGACCAACAAAAUAUACCCAGAAGUUAUAGAAUGCUGGGGAAUUGUUAGAAAAGGAGUGGAACAAGAAAAAGCGGAUGUCGUUAAGGGCACAGUGUUAGAAAGGUUCAAGGAGGACAGACACAUGCUCAACAUGGUGGGGAUUGCAAAUGCAAGUGAGUAGCAUGGUGUUUGAUAAUCUACAAAAGUUGCAUAACUAAAUGAUGAAGGCACCAAUUCAUUGCAGCACUGUACACUAGAAUCAUUUGAAUAUGCCCUUGGUUAGUUGUGUAUUACUGUAUCCUAUAUAUGCUGCUGUGGAUGAUGAAUCCAUGCCCUUUGAAAUAUUGUAAUGCUAUUGAAAAA